AUUCCAGCUCUUGCUGCUCGUGACGCUGCUGGGAGUGGCUCUGGCCGGCCAUCCGGUGCCGAUUCUGCAGCAGACGCAGGAGAUGAGCGGCGGCCAGUACAAGUACUCGUACGAGACGGACAACGGCAUCGCCGGCCAGGAGAUCGGCCAGGGCGGCCAGUUCGCGGCCGGCAACGGCCAGUGGGUAGCUGACGAUGGCACGCACGUCUUCUACGAAUUUACAGCCGACAAGGAUGGCUACAGAGUGAAGGGAUCACACGUGCCGCAGAUCCCGGACUACAUCCAGCGAAGCCUCGACUACAUUCGCGCGCAUCCGCCGAAGGAGAUCUAAUAAAACUGUGCCAAAAUCACGUUUUCUUUCUGUCAAUGUAUUCGAGGGGUGUCUAAAAUCUUUCAUUCUUU